UUUACAAACAACAAAGUCACUCUCUUUUUGUGGGGCCUCUAAACCCCAAUUCCUCUCUCUUCACAAAUAAGUCUCUAUUGAAAGCUGCACUGGUUUUGUAAAACCGGUGCCCGAAAACAAUUGGCUUUCUUUCACAGCCCACCGAUCUUCCUUCCCUAAAUCGUAUACCUCUCUAUAUAUUAUAAGUCACUCCUCCCACCCACUACUCAUCGAGCAAAACAUCAAUCAACACGACCCACUAAUUUCUACAACACCCAUCAAAUUUUCCUCCUUGAUUUCUCGAUUAUCUCCCAAAGUGAUAAAAGCUUCGAAAUAUGAGUUCUGCAAGUAGAGCUUGGAUUGUGGCUGCAAGCAUCGGGGCGGUGGAGGCACUCAAGGAUCAAGGCUUUUGCAGAUGGAAUUACGCCAUGAGAUGUGUUCAACAGCAUGCCAAGAGUAACAUGAGGUCUUAUUCUCAGGCCAAGAAACUCUCUGCACCAUCUUCUUCUGCUUUGUGUAAGAAGCUGAGAGAUGACAAGGCUAAACAGUCUGAGGAAUCAUUGAGAACGAUUAUGUAUUUGAGUUGCUGGGGACCCAAUUAAUCUCCUUCCCAGUUUUGUAAAUAGAAUUUCCACAUUCUCCAUAAUCAGUUGCACGGCUUCUUUUAAUAGAAGUUGCUAUUUUUUACUUGUUCAUGCUGUUGGUGUCUUAUUUUUCUCAUAUUGAAUAUAUAGAAGCUAGCAAAAUCAAGAGUGACAUUUGGCGUGAGAGGGGAGAGAUCACUGGGGAAGAUGAGCAAUGGGAGUUGGUGGAUGAGCUUGAAUAGCAAAGUGUUUAAAUGAUUUAAUAUAACAAAGUGAACUCGUACCAUUAAAUAAA